GCCUCGUCCGCGCCGCCCGCUGGGAUGUCCCUCUCCGCUUGGUGCUUCCUCCUCUGCUGGGCUCCAGCCCUGGCCUUAAGGAACCUGAACUAUUCGGUGCCGGAGGAGCAAGGGGCCGGCACGGUGAUCGGGAACAUCGGCCGCGAUGCCCGGCUGCAGUCCGGGUCGAGCGGCGGAUCGCCCUCGCUGGAGCGUCCCCGCGGCUCCAAGGCCACUUUCCGCGUGCUGGAGAACUCGGCUCCCCACCUGCUCGACGUGGACGGCGAGAGCGGCUUGCUCUACACCAAGCAACGCCUCGACCGGGAGGCUCUGUGCCGCCGGAGCGCCAAGUGCCAGCUCUCCCUCGAGGUCUUCGCCAACGACCAGGAGAUCUGCAUGAUCAAGGUGGAGAUUCAGGAUCUCAACGACAACGCGCCGGCUUUCCCCUCCGACCAAGUCGAUCUGGACAUCUCGGAGAACGCCGCGCCGGGCACUCGCUUCCCGCUGGCUAGCGCGCACGAUCCCGACGCGGCCGAGAACGGCCUCCGCACUUACCUGCUCACCCGCGACGAUUACGGCCUCUUCGCCCUGGACGUCAAAGCCCGAGGCGACGGCACCAAAUUUCCCGAGCUGGUGGUGCAGAAGCCCCUGGACCGCGAGGAGCAGAGCCACCACACCUUGGUGCUGACGGCGCUCGACGGCGGCGAGCCGCCUCGCUCCGGCACGGUCCAGCUCAACGUGCGCCUGAUCGACUCCAACGACAACAGCCCGGUCUUCGAGGCGGCGUCCUACGUGGUGGAGCUGCCCGAAAACGUCCCGCUGGGCACCGUCCUCCUAGACCUCAACGCCACCGAUGCCGACGAGGGCACCAACGGCCAGGUGCUCUAUUCCUUCAGCGGUUACACGCCCGACCGGGUGCGGGAGCUGUUCAGCAUCGAUCCCCAGACGGGAUUGAUCCGGGUCAAAGGCAACCUGGACUACGAAGAGGGCAACUUGGUGGAGAUUGAUGUUCAGGCCCGGGACUUGGGUCCCAAUCCCAUCCCCGCCCAUUGCAAAGUCACAGUGCAUUUACUGGACCGGAAUGACAACGCGCCCACCAUUGGCUUUGUCUCUGUGCGCCAGGGGGCCCUGAGCGAGGCCGCCCCGCCGGGCACCGUCAUUGCCCUGGUGAGGGUCACAGACCGGGACUCUGGGAAAAACGGGCAGCUGCAGUGCCGGGUGCAAGGCAGUGAUGGCAGUGGGGGGGAUGGGGCGGUGCCCUUUACUUUGGAGGAGAACUAUGACAACCUGUACACUGUGGUGACCGACAGGCCCUUAGACAGGGAAGUGCAGGAUGAAUACAAUGUGACCAUCUUGGCUCGGGAUGGGGGCAACCCACCUCUGAACUCAACCAAGUCUUUCUCGGUCAGGAUCCUAGAUGAGAACGACAACCCACCACGUUUUAGCAAGAGCCUUUAUGUGUUGCAAGUGCCUGAGAACAACAUCCCAGGGGAGUAUCUGGGAUCCGUGUUGGCCAAGGACCCUGAUCUGGGCCAAAAUGGCACCGUCUCCUACUCCAUCCUGCCGGGACAUGUGGGGGACGUCUCUAUUUAUACCUAUGUCUCGGUCAACCCAACCAAUGGGGCCAUCUACGCUUUGCGCAGCUUCAACUACGAGCAGACCAAACAUUUCGAGUUCCACGUCUUGGCCAAAGACUCGGGCUCUCCUCACCGGGAGAGCAAUGCCACUGUCCGGGUCACGGUCUUGGAUGUCAAUGACAACGCCCCUCUCAUUGUCUUGCCAGCCCUGAUCAAUGACACUGCUGAACUCCAGGUCCCCCGCAACGCCGGAGUGGGCUACCCCGUGGGCACCGUCCGGGCCAUGGAUAACGAUUUUGGGGAGAGUGGACGCCUGACCUAUGAGAUUGUGGAAGGCAAUGAGGAGCACCUCUUUGAGAUGGACCCUAUGAGCGGGGAGAUACGCACCCUUCACCCUUACUGGGAAGAGCUGAGUCCUGUGGCUGAACUCGUGGUGAAGGUCAGUGACCAUGGAAAGCCCAGCCUUUCAGCAGUGGCCAAGCUGAUUGUCCGGGCCUUGGCUGGACCUUUGCCUGAAGCUGGAGAGCCCCAGGUCAAUGGGGAGCAGCACCGCCGGCCGCACUGGGACCUCUCGCUGCCCUUGAUUGUGACCCUCAGCACGGUUUCCAUCAUCCUCCUGGCUGCCAUGAUCACCAUCGCUGUGAAGUGUAAGCGGGAGAACAAGGACAUCCGUACCUACAACUGCCGUAUUGCUGAGUACAGCCACCCCCAGUUGGGUGGAGGGGGUGGGGGAGGGGGAGGGGGUGGGGGCAGCGGAGGGGGCAAGGGCAAGAAGAAGAAGAUUAGCAAGAAUGACAUCAUGCUGGUGCCCAGCGAAGGGGAGGACAGCCAAGGGCCCCUCAACGUCAUGAACGUGGUCAGCAGCCCAUCCUUGGCCACCUCACCCAUCUAUUUUGAUUACCAGACUCGCCUGCCCCUUAGCUCACCCAGGUCAGAGGUCAUGUUCCUGAAACCGGCUUCCAACAACCUGAGCGUGCCCCAAGGCCACGUGGGAUGCCACACCAGCUUCACAGGACAAGGGACUAACGUCAGUGAGGUUCCUCCAAGCCGGAUGUCCAUAAUUCAGACAGACAAUUUUCCUGCAGAGUCCAAUUACAUGGGUAGCAGGCAACAGUUUGUUCAAAGUAGCUCCACAUUCAAGGAUCCCGAACGAGCCAGUUUGAGAGACAGCGGGCAUGGGGAUAGUGACCAAGCAGACAGUGACCAAGAUACCAACAAAGGCUCGUGUUGUGACAUGUCGGUGAGGGAGGCACUCAAGAUGAAAACAACUUCAACCAAAAGCCAGCCGCUUGAACAAGAACAGCAAGGGAGAGGCCAAAGACCCAUUGUUGGGAUCUGUGGACCGGCCCGCUGUAAGGAAGGAAAAUUUUCAGAACAAGAGGAGUGCAUUAACUGCACCGAUGAAUGCCGAGUGCUUGGUCAUUCUGACCGGUGUUGGAUGCCCCAGUUCCCUGCCUCCAACCAAGCAGACAAUGCCGACUACCGAACAAAUCUCUUUGUGCCCACGGUGGAAGCUAAUGUCGAAACUGAGACUUACGAAACUGUGAACCCCACGGGGAAGAAGACUUUUUGUACAUUUGGGAAGGACAAGCGAGAGCACACCAUUCUCAUUGCCAACGUGAAACCUUAUCUCAAAGCCAAACGUGCCCUGAGCCCUCUCCUCCAGGAGGUCCCCUCAGCAUCAAGCAGCCCAACCAAGACUUGCAUUGAGCCAUGUGCUUCGACGAAAGGACCGCUGGAUGGCUGUGAAGUCAAAACAGGGGCCCUGGCUGAACCCAACAGUCAGUACCUGUCACCUAGUAAACAAUCCAGAGACGCUGCCUUCAUGGCGUCCGAUCAGAUGGCCAGGGUCUUCGCCGAGGUGCAUUCCCGAGUCAGUCGAGACUCCGCUAAUAUGGACUCUGUCUUGGAGCAGAUAGACCGUUCAAACAGGGAACUAGGGAGAGAGUCCGUAGAUGCAGGGGAAGUGGUGAGGGAGAUUGACAAGCUUUUACAGGACUGUCGGGCGAAUGACCCUGUGGCUGUGAGAAAAUGAAGCAAAACAGAAAUGAAACAAAACAAAAAGAAAAGACAAUCUGGCAUCGAUUUGCUUCUUCUGCUGAAUUAUAUAUUAAAAAAGAAAAAGAAAGAAAAAAAAUCUCCCCUGGUUCUAAAAUUUAUACAGGGAUGAACAAAGACCAAUGCUGCUUUAAGGCUUUUAGUGAAUAUCUGAAGUGCCCUCCCGUAUGUUUGUUUCACUUGCUCUUUCUUUCUUUUUUUUUCUUUUUUUUUCCUUUAUGUUUUCAGAUAACACUGGUUUCGUUUUUACCAAACUUCCAUUAGAACAAUAUGGUGUAUGUUUUUUUUAAAAAAAAAAGAAAAGAAAA